CAAAUCAGUGAAACAACCCAAGUCCUGCAGGAGUCUGUUAUCGACCAAUCAGGUGGAGGCAGGCUGGAACAGGUUUAACACCUGUAGGGGCAGGUGCUCUGAUGACCAGCCCUGGGAAGUGGUGCAAGAGACAAACAGGAAUCUGAUCUCAGAUCCGCUCCUGUGAAGGUCCAGCCGUGACCGUGAUCCGCUGCAGGAAUUAGCCGGGUCCCAGCAGACACCUCAUGUUUUUAUUUUGGGCUGUGCUCGGCUGCUGCUCACACUUCCGUGUUUUUUGCCACCGUAAAGCAGGAAGCUCUGCGGUAACGAGCAGGAGCUAAUCUGCCCCGCUACUGUUUACCUGCAGGACGGUGAUGUCCGGUGAGCUGGAGCGGAGGGAGAAGCUACAUGGAGGCUAACUAACGAACCGGACCGGGACCAAUCGCUGCUCGGCUCACGGACAGGAGGACUGCGGUACAUUAGCUCCAAGAUGCCAGCAGGAGUUUGUGGCUGCUGUGGGCCGCUGAGACCCCGGUACAAACGACUGGUGGACAACAUCUUCCCAGAAGACCCCAAAGAUGGCCUCAGCAAGUCCGACAUGGAGAAGCUGACCUUCUACGCCGUCUCUGCUCCGGAGAAGCUGGACCGCAUCGGGGAGUACCUAGCUGAGAAGCUGAGCAGGGACGUGGUCCGACACCGCUACGGGUAUGUGGUGAUAGCCAUGGAAGCCCUGGACCAGCUGCUGAUGGCGUGCCACUCUCAGAGCAUCAAACCCUUCGUGGAGAGUUUCCUGCGAAUGGUGGCUAAACUGCUGGAGUCCAGAGAACCGGACCUGCAGGUUCUCGGAACAAACUCGUUUGUAAAGUUUGCCAACAUUGAGGAGGACACACCUUCCUACCACCGACGCUACGACUUCUUCGUCUCCCAGUUCAGCGCCAUGUGCCACUCCACUCAUGAAGAUCCGGAGACCAGAACCAGGAUCCGUGUGGCUGGUAUUAAAGGCCUGCAGGGCGUUGUGAGGAAGACGGUGAAUGACGAGCUGCAGGCCAUCAUCUGGGAGCCUCAGCACAUGGACAAGCUGAUUCCCUCCAUGCUGUUCAACAUGCAGGACAGCGAGGACCUGGACAGGGCGGGGCAUCCCAGCACCCCAUCUGUGGUGGGUCAGGACGGUGAGGAGAACCCGGCGGCGCUAGCUGAGAACUGCUUCAGGGAGCUGUUGGGCCGAGCAGCUUACGGCAACAUGAACAACGCUGUCCGACCCGUGCUGGUACACCUGGACAACCACGGUCUGUGGGAUCCCAACGAGUUUGCUGUUUCCUGUUUCAGAAUCAUCAUGUACUCCAUCCAGGCCCAGCACUCGCACCACGUCAUCCAGCAGGUUCUGAACCACCUGGACACCAACAACAGGACCACGCCGCGGGUCAGAGCCGGGAUCGUCCAGGUUCUGCUGGAGACGGUGGCCAUCGCUGCUAAAGGAUCUGUAGGUCCGACGGUUCUGGAGGUCUUCAACACGCUCCUCAAACACCUGAGGAUGAGCGUGGACCUGGAGCUGGGAGAGAGCUCCAGGAGGAACUCCAGCAGCAGCGUGUCGUCGGUCCGAGGGAAGGAGAGCGACGAGCGGAUCGUCCAGAACGCCAUCAUCCAGACCAUUGGGUUUUUUGGAGGAAAUCUGCCAGAUUACCAGCGAGCCGAAGUGAUGAUGUUCAUCAUGGGUAAAGUCCCCGUGUACGGGACACCGUGUCACACUUUAGACACCGUUAAGAUUGGACAUCAGGGAACCAAGAGGAUCCAGACGAUGCUGCUCAGCUCCCUCAUCAUGGUGACAUCCGGCUUUAAGUCCAAGUCCAUGGCCGCUGCGCUGCCGCCGUCCUUCCUGGACCCGCUCUUCUCCAUCUCUCUGAUGGAGGACAGCGAGCUGAGGCAGCUGGUCCUCGAGAUCCUCCAUAACAUCAUUGAUCGCCAUGACAACCGGGCCAAGCUACGCGGCAUCAGGAUCAUUCCCAACGUCUCAGCUCUAAAGUUUAAGAGGGAGAAGAUUUCUAAACAAGACAUAACGUUCAUGAAGAAGCACGGUCAGCAGCUCUACCGUCACAUCUAUCUGGGCUGCAAAGAGGAGGACAACGUCCACAAGAACUUCGAGCUUCUCUUCACCACCUUAGCCAUCCUGACCAUCGAGCUGGCCAACGAGGAGGUGGUCAUCGACCUCAUCAGGCUUUCCAUGGCUCUGCAGGAAAUGGCGCUGGCUAAUGAGGAGAACAUGCCCAUGUUCAUCCGCUGUGGCAUCAUGGCGCUCGUGGCAGCAUACCUGAACUUCCUGAGUAAGAUGAUCGCCCACCUGCCUUUGUGUCAACACGUCAGUAAGGUGAUUGAGCUGAGGAACUUGGACGCUCCGUAUCUCCUUCCUGAACAUGUCUUCAGAGACAAAUGUCAGCUCCCAGAAUCUCUGGAUAAAAAUGACAGGCAGGUUUAUUUCCAGGCAUCUGACAUGGCCGAGUGUCUAGCUGGACCAGGGUACAACGUGGAGAGGCUCUCCAUCCCCUACGUUCCCCAGGUGACAGAUGAAGACCGUCUGUCGAGGAGGAAGAGUUUCGUGGACACCAUCUCCCUCCAGGUGGACAUCAUGUCCAACAGCCUCCCAGAUAAGUCCCUGCUGGCUGAGGAGAUCACGUUUGAGACCCUGAAGAAGGCCAUCGAUACGACCGGUUUAGAGGAGCAGGAACGAGAGAAGAGGCGCCAGGUGAUGGAGAAGUUCCAGAAAGCUCCGUUUGAGGAGAUUGCUGCUCAUUGCGAGUCCAAGGCGAACAUGCUGCACGACCGUCUGGCUCAAAUCUUCGAACUCACCAUCCGGCCUCCCCCCAGCCCGUCCGGAGUGGUCUCCAUCUCGACGGGACACACCCAGCAUCCAUCCGUUCCCGUCUAUGAGAUGAAAUUCCCAGACCUGUGUGUCUACUGAACACAUCGACUAACAGAUGAGGAAGAACAAAUUUUUUGAUCCAAUCGGGAGCUCUGACUCCUGGCAGGAAGCUUCAUUCUGAUUGGUUCUCUGAAUCGUAUCGAUGUUUAGCUUUAGACCAGCUGGAGCUUCGUGUUUAACUAGUAAAGUAAUCUAUAAAUGAAUAAAUAUCUGUUUAAAUAUCUGCUCAGAUUAGUAUAAUCUCAGAUUAUUAGAGGUAAAAUUUGUGCCGAGUUAACUUUGUGCUCACUGAUCAUGAAUCUGAAUCAUUUCAUGUAGGAGAAAGAAAAUGACAACGUGCUUCAGGUCAGUGAAAAAUAAUCCCAACAUUUAAUCCAGAAGCACUUAAAGCUCCUUCUGUUUAAUCUCAGUUUAAAAAACAUUUGGGAAAAAUUUCUGAUGUUUUUGCACUUUGUAGUUUGUAUUUUAAAGUCGGCUGUGGUUAACUGGGUUCUGACGGUUGGAGACACAUUUUCAGUCCGACUCUUCGUUAAUCUUGCGAGUGUCGGAUUCUAGAAAACGUAUUAAGUUUAUCCCCAACCCGUCAUCUGUUUUUGGGAUUAAAAGGUUUGUUCCUCUCAGGGAAUCAGGAAGUUAAAGUGGCUUCAUCAGUUACAGCAGCAUCUGGGUCAAAGGUCACGGUUCAGUUUAUAAACCUGAUUGAUCCGAGCUCAGCACCUGCUGCUGUUUGGGUUUACCCCAGAUUGAAGGUCUGAGGAGGAGCAGAAACAGGAAGUCAUGGAUGGCGUGGCGGACAGGAAAGACGUGUUUGUGUCACUUUUAAUCACCAGCAUGAGUCUGUUGUACAUAACCACGUCACCCUCUGUGUUAAAGGGUUAAUCUGCUAAAUUGUGACUAGCUUGAAGUUCUCUGGCUGACAAACACAAACUCCAUAGCUGUUGGUGAAUAAAAAUAAUCAACGACCGUCACAAAGACCAGGAUCUCACUGGGUUGUAACCAGAUGGAUCUGGUUUCCCGGUGUCGGUGACUCCUGCCAGAAAACUAACGACCCGGUGAGCUUCUGGCUUCGACAGUAAAACCUGACUCUGUUGUCAUAAUCUUGUCUGUAGACUAAAUCACCAGCGUCCAUUCAGAGCUCUGAGAAGUGUGAUGUAAAACAAAGAGGCGGAGCUAAAAUAUAAAAUGCUGUGAAAACAAGCCUGCACCUGGGCAGGUGAGUGUGCAGCAGAGCUUCUAUUUUUGUACAUUGUGUUUCUGAACUGUUGCCUGGGAGAGAUUUUAGAGUCGGGGAGUAAAAACUGUUUAUUUUAGUGGCUCUCGUGGUUUUAGCAGAUUUUUAUUGUAGCGGUUUUGUUGUGACAUAUCAGAUGAUCGGGUUUAGUCUCCAGCUCCACUCAAACAUCUGGGUCUAAUGUUUUAUUAAGUGCUUCUAGACCACCCAGAUUAUUAUCAGUAUUAAACUCAGACUCGGGUGUUCUGUGUGAAUCUGGACCUGAUUAAACCAUCGAUCAGAGACAGGUGGGAAAGCAUUUCAGCACGCUAGGGUAAGCGGUACGACACAAUCAGAAGUAUUUUAUUUUGAAGGGUCAGCAGGUGGAACAUAUGUUUGUGUUUUAGAGAUCAGUCGUCUCGUCUGUGUUCGGCCUUCACAAACAGCUUAAGCGUAGAUUAUGACCAAUAGAUGGCGCCGAGGCUCGGCUUCUGCUGCAGGUUUAGGAAACCAAAAUCUGGACUCGGAUUCAUGAUCCAAUGUGUCUGAGAAACAGUUAAUUUGUUUAUUUGAAUCGGUCAGCCGCCGAGCCUUGGAGCUUCACUCCGACGCUUCUGUACUUCAAAUAAAGUGUUUCUAUCAAAA